AUGGCAGCUCUGGAUGGUCGGGAUUUGAAAUGGAUUAAAGUGGCGGAAACGAAAGGAUGCCAUCUGCUUGCUGUGGGUGCUGGCUGCUCAUCCGAUCCCUGCCACUACUUCUGCGUUGCGGCCAAAAAAACGGUGCUUGUAUUUCAAAUAGAUCGCAGUGAGAAGAGGCAUCGAAAAGUGCGGGAGUUGGCAAUGCCCGGACAGCCGCAGACAAUGACGGUGAUGCGCGGAAAGUUAUGUGUUGGCUAUCCGUCCGGUUUUCGCAUGUGGGAUCUCGUCGAUAAUACUACCACUGCUUUGGUGAAUUUCGAAGAUUCAUCGCUUCAGUUUCUUAACCAGACGCUCUAUGAUGCUCACUUAAUCAUAAAUGUUAGCGGGUACGAACAGAAGGAAUUUCUUCUAAUAUUUUCUCGUCUCGGUGUCUAUGUCGAUGCGCAAGGCCGUCGAUGCCGUUCACAGGAACUAAUGUUUCCGGCCGAAGCAUCGUCCGGUGGCUUUGUUUGCAUCAUGCCGCAUCUGUGUGUCUACUCGGAAAAUGAAAUAGACAUUUUCAAUGUAAAUAGUGCCGACUGGGUGCAAACUAUUAAUUUGAAAAAGGCAUUUCCUUUAACGAACGAUGGGCUUUUGACGAUGUGCAUGAUCAACGAUAUGCCGUAUGUUGUGCUUCUUUCCGACGUGCUUUCAGACGAAGAUGCGGUAAGCAUUCCAGUUUGGACAGCGUCCAGUGUUUCAAAUUCAUCGGUUCUGUCACUGAAAGGUAUUGCUGCGAAACGAAGACGAAAGUUCUCAUUACGAACGCCUCGUGAUGACGAGCGUCAUGUAAGGAUGGGUGAUCGCCGUAGUCAGCUGCCAAUCAGUGGACCGUCCGAUUUCGUGCAUAUUGUCCAUAUGGGGCCGGGCGCGGGGCUCGAACUUCAAAAUUUAAUUGAUUUGAAAAAUUCUGGUGCGGUUCAUACGCUGAGCUCUGGGUCAGUUGGUACUGGGGCAGCUGAUAAAGUGGGUGAUGCUUCUUUUUUCGCUGGUUGUUUUUCAGAGUAG